AUGGAGGUCAUGUACGCUGCAUGCCCAUUUGACAAGUGGGGCAUAGACAUCGUCGGGAAACUACCCACAGUACCAGGUGGCAAGUGCUUUCUCAUUGUGGCGGUGGAUUAUUUCUCCAAAUGGGUCGAGGCCGAAGCAGUUGCAAAGAUCGACGAAGUGACAGUGGAACGGUUUAUAUGGCGAAACAUUUGUUGUAGAUUUGGAGUCCCGAGGAUCAUUGUAUCAAACAACGGAACCCAAUUCACAAGGCAGAGGAUUGCUGAUUUCUGUGAUCGAAUGGACAUCACCCAACGUUUCGUAUCAGUGGCUCAUCCGCAAGAAAAUGUGCAAGUGGAGAUGGCAAACAGAUCAAUCUGUGAGGGAAUCAAGAAGCGGCUGAACCAGAGCAAGGGAAAGUGGGUCGAGGAGUUGGACACUGUCCUUUGGGCCUACCGAACCAGCCUAAAGACAGCAACCGGAGAGGCACCUUUUACCCUGGUAUAUAGAUCCAAUGCGGUAAUACCAGUAGGGCCAGAUUGGAAUCAUAUCGCAUUACAACUUACAACACGGAACAAAAUUCAGAACUCUGAAGAGCAGAGCUCGAGCUGGUGGAAGUACAGAGGGAUGAAGCCCAAGUCAGAGCAGCAAAGUAUAAAGCAUCAUCAAGGCGGGAUACGACAAGAGGGUCAGAGCAAGGAAGCUAGCUAA